AGGUGCGCACGCCGCAGCCGAGCAGCCGUUGCCGACGCUCAGUUGCACGGCAACCGAGCGUCUAUCUCCGACGGGCCACAUUCUCCUCGGUACACCGUGUUUUGCAGAGCCGCCCGGCUGCGUCCUGCGGUAACUUCGCAGGUAGCGACGGAUGGGCACCAGCGGGUGCUGAGCCGCACGGAGCGCACUGCAGCGCUGGCAGAAUGCCGUUACCGACACAGCCAGCAGCAGCAUCACCGCCCUGUAACCGCACCGCUCCCGUACGCGGCUCCGCUGCUCAGGAAAACUUUUUUCUUGCUGAUAUUGACGAGGGAAAAAGGUGUGUGGUAUCUGUCACAUCUCAAGAAGAGGGAAAACUUUGUUCGGAGAUUCUGCCAUACAAAAAUAAUUGUCAGAGAACUACAAAAGCUAUCCAAGAUGGAAAAUAUUUUACUGAGCUAAGCAAAGAAUCUGAUGAUCCAGAACAACUCCUAGCAACUGUGCAGGAGGAAACUUGGAAAAAGAUGUGGGGGCCCCGUCCUGGUAAACACGGGAUCAAGAUUACAGAACUGUCCCCGCUGCUUAAAGAAAGCUCACCAAAAAAUCAUCUGCCACAAAACCUGUAUAGAAAUGGAGAGAGAAGAUGCACUUCAGACAAAGAAAAAAGGGAGAAGGAAAAUGCCUCUCAUGAAAAUGAUGCUUCACUGGAGACUUUCGAAGCAGAAACGGCAAUUAACUCAGUAGAGAACUUGUUGCCGACUCUUAAAGACAUACUUGGUAGAAUGACAAAUGUUUGUAAACUUUCUACAUCAGAAAUGAUAAUUAUUGAUACACAAGAGGAUUUGCCGGUAAAAAAAUUAACAACACUCCAACUCACCAAAAGAUUGUUAUGGCUUUUACUUCUAACAAGAGAACAGAAACAUAUAGACAACAAAAAUAUUGAUGCUUUGAUACAGAAGUUAAGUGAAAAUGAAACCUACAAUAAUCACCUCAGGAGAAAGAUAGUAGAAAGAGAAGAGCAUAUUAAAGAACUUUCAUCCAGGAUUCAGCCUAAAAGAGCCCACGAACUGAAAGAAAACUCUCUGUCAAGACCAGUAAACACAAUUGAAGCUCAUCUGCGAUAUCAGAUUCAAAGAAAAGAAGUGGAAAAUGAUGAAUUAAAGCUGAAAACACAGACUCUAGAGAAGAAAAUAGCAGAGUGGAAAAUUCAAAUUGGUGAAUACAAGCGUCAGAUGUUGGCCUUGAGGGAAACAAGUAAGCAAAAGAAGGCUGGUCUGAGAAGAGCAAUCAGGUGCCAGAAACAAAAAGCAGAAUGCUUUGAAGAAGCUGUGGAGAAUUUAACCUCCAGAGUAAAAGAACGUGAAGUGAAGUUGUCUGAGAUACUGUCAGCUUCUGAUGCCUGGAAAAAAAAGCAUGAUAGAAUGGUAGAAGAAAAGUCAGUGUUAGAAGUUCAGAAAGAAGAUCUUAAGAGGCAGAUCACAAGCCUUUCAGAAGACCUAAAGAGAAAGGAGGAAAUCAGAAGAAAAACUAGUGAGGAAAUUCUUGGAGAGCUAAAUUCUGUCAACUCUGAACAUGAGAGGCUUUAUCUUGAAAAUGAAAAAUUAAAGGCUUUCCUUUCUGCUUUGGAAGUCAAUAUUGUUUCUGUUGAAAAUGACCUGCUAUGUCUGCAAGAAAAGACCAAGCUACAGGAAAAUGUUGUUGAUCAUUGUAAAAAUCAGGUGCAAGAAUUACAAGCAGAAGUAGAAGCACUGAAAUCCAGGUAUAAAACAGUCUUCAAUGAAAACAAAAGUAUAAGAGAAAGCAAAUGUUUAGAAGUCUGUGAGGAGAAAGAUGGUGUAAAUUCUGUGGGUAAUCAUUCCUUAGAAGAGGAAAACAAUAACAUUCAGAAGAAAUAUGAACAUCUUAAGAGGAUUCUAGAAAAGAUGGAAUUUCAAAAUGAAGAACUUGCUUAUCUUAUCAAAAAAGAAGAUGAGAGUCUUCAGUGCAGUAAACUGCAGCUUGAAGCAAAAACUGCAGAGUAUAAUAGUUUAACCAAACAACUGGAAUCUGCUUUGGAGGAUGGAAGAAAAAUGGUAGAUGAAGAAUUUGGAAAAAUGUCAUACUUAGAACAAGCCCUUCAGACAAAAAUGCUUGUUCUUGAGAAUGAAGUGAGAGAGAUGCAGGAGGAGAAAAAAGAACUUCUUCGUGUAUUUCACCAUAAUGAAAAGCACCAUGAGGUUUGCUUGAAAGAGCUGGAAAACAGCCUACAAAGGUCAGAAAACAAGAAGCAGAGCAUGCAGAAUUACGUGCAGUUUUUGAAAACCUCAUAUAUAACAAUGUUUGGCUGAAUUCUGUUAACUUGAUUUAUUUUAAUAAUAAAGAAAUGGUACAAGA